CUUUGUUAAUCGGUGCACACUUUUUCUUUUUUCUUUUCUAAAUGCUCCCAAAGCCAUUCGAUAUUCCGGGCAAGGACCCCGUGGUUGACGCUGUCAUGGAGGAGGAUGACGACGACCUUUCAAUGCUGCUCUCGCGCAGCGCUCCCAAAAUUGAACGCCACAAAACCGUGGUGCCCAUCCACAAGGACGACGUCGAGUACUCAGACUUUGACCGCGCUAUAGUCAUUGCCAUCGAUGAGAGCGCCAACAGCGACACUAUCGUUACCUGGGCCGCCGACCGCCUUUUGCGCCGGAGGAAAGACCUGGUUGUGCUGGUCAACGUCCAGCCCGAGUCCAAGUCUUGGAAAUUGGCUGCUGCCAGCAAUGCUAGCAGUAGUAGGGCUGUGCCGCUAGGGCGCCCCAUAGGCCGCCCUGUGGGAUCUUCCGCGGUCGUUGUGUCCGACCCCGUGUCCCAAAUUGACGAUGAUGCUAAGGAGCGCUGCCGCAAGAUCCUGUCCCCAUACGCCGAGAGACUACAGAGAGACGGCUUUGUUGUCAAGGGAAUUUGUCUUAUUGGCAACCCCAAGGAGGUGCUUGUUGCCAGCACGAAUAUCAAAAAGCCCGCCAUGAUCGUCAUGGGCACCCACGGCCGUGGCUCUGUCAAACGGUUCCUAAUGGGAAGCGUAGCAGAAUAUGUCUUGCACCACAGCUCAAUACCCGUGGUUGUUGUGCCCAAUGGAUCUGGCAGGCCUGCUGUUUCUGCUUCCUCGCAGGCCGAAAAAGAAUAACCAGCUUGAUUUUCGUACUAUUUUAUACUUUUGUUUAUACGUUUUCUGCUUCGUUUUACAUUAUCAAAUUAGAAUUUUUCAUAUUUGAUUUUUACGCAUUCAAUAAAAAAAUUCAUUUUC